GAUGGGUAUCCGAAUGGUGGCGGUUGAGCUGUUGAAACUGCUAGCGUCUGAGAGAAACUUUUGGUGGUCGUCAGCCUAAUGAGCGGACGGCAAAGAACGCUUUUCCAGACGUGGGGCUCAAGCAUUUCUCGAUCCGUGGGAGCUCCGGGUUGCAACUCUGGACCUGAGCGGCCUCAGAGCCCUGGCAUCUCCAGGGCACAUUUUCCUCCAGCUGCAGAGGCUGCCGAGGCUCAGCCGGAGUCGGACGAUGAUGUAUUGCUGGUUGCAGUGUAUGAGGCAGAGCGGCAGCUGAGUUUAGAGAAUGGCGGUUUCUGCACUUCAGCGGGCUCCCUGUGGAUUUACCCUACCAAUUGCCCAGUGCGGGAUUACCAGCUGCACAUGGCCCGGACCUCUCUGUUCUGCAAUACGCUGGUGUGUCUGCCUACUGGGCUGGGAAAGACCUUUAUUGCCGCUGUGGUCAUGUACAAUUUCUACCGGUGGUUCCCUUCCGGCAAGGUGGUCUUCAUGGCCCCCACGAAACCUUUAGUGACGCAGCAGAUCGAGGCUUGCUACCGAGUGAUGGGUAUUCCGCAGUCCCACAUGGCCGAAAUGACAGGAUCUACUCAAGCUAUCACCAGGAUGGAAAUAUGGCGCAGUAAGAGAGUACUUUUUCUUACACCUCAAGUCAUGGUAAAUGAUCUUUCUAGAGGAGCUUGUCCUGCUGCUGAAAUAAAGUGUCUAGUUAUAGAUGAAGCUCAUAAAGCUCUUGGAAACUAUGCUUAUUGCCAGGCUGUUCAACAGGUUAUUACUAACCUACGAAUUGGGCAGAUAGAACUUCGUUCUGAAGAUUCUCCGGAUAUUCUGCCAUACUCUCAUGAAAGGCGAGUUGAAAAGCUAGUUGUUCCCCUAGGUGAAGAACUUGCAGCCAUCCAAAAGGCAUAUAUCCAGGUUUUGGAGGCAUUUGCCAGUUCUUUGAUUCAGAGGAAUGUUUUGAUGAGAAGGGAUAUCCCCAAUCUAACAAAAUACCAGAUAAUUUUGGCAAGAGAUCAAUUUAGGAAAAACCCAUCUCCAAAUAUGGUGGGAAUACAACAAGGCAUAAUCGAGGGAGAGUUUGCUAUUUGUAUUAGUUUAUAUCAUGGUUAUGAAUUACUGCAGCAAAUGGGAAUGAGAUCAUUAUAUUUCUUCCUUUGUGGAAUUAUGGAUGGAACUAAAGGAAUGACUCGAGCAAAAAAUGAACUUAGCCGAAAUGAGGACUUCAUGAAACUUUAUAAUCAUCUAGAGUGCAUGUUUGCACAUACACGUGAUACUUCAGCAAAUGGCUUUUCUACUGACCAAAAAGGAGUUAAAGAUAAAAAAUUUUUCUAUAGUCAUCCAAAGUUAAAGAAAUUAGAAGAAGUUGUGGUUGAACACUUCAGGUCAUGGAAUACUCAAAACACCUCUGAAAAGAAAUGUGAUGAGACCAGAGUUAUGAUCUUCUCUUCAUUUCGAGACAGUGUUCAAGAAAUUGCAGAAAUGCUUUUACAGCAUCAGCCACUUAUUAGAGUGAUGACUUUUGUUGGCCAUGCCUCAGGAAAAAGCAUGAAGGGAUUUACCCAGAAGGAGCAACUGGAGGUUGUGAAACAGUUUCGUAGUGGUGGUUAUAAUACAUUGGUUUCUACUUGUGUUGGUGAAGAAGGUUUGGAUAUAGGAGAAGUUGAUCUUAUAAUAUGUUUUGAUGCCCAGAAGAGCCCAAUUCGUCUUGUACAACGAAUGGGUAGAACUGGCCGCAAACGUCAAGGCAGAAUUGUUGUUAUCCUUGCCGAAGGACGAGAAGAACGUACUUAUAAUCAAAGUCAGUGCAACAAAAGAAGUAUUUAUAAAGCUAUUUCAAGUAACAGGCAGGUUCUUCAUUUUCACCAAGGAAGUCCACGAAUGGUUCCUGAUGGAAUCAAUCCAGAAUUACACAAAAUGUUCAUCACAUGUGGUGUCUAUGAACCAGAGAAGCCUCGGAACUUGCAGCGGAAGUCCUCUCACUUUUCCUAUAAGAAGGGAAUGAAGCAGAGUAAUUCAAAGAAAGAUUGGUUCUUAUCAGCAGAAGAAUUUAAAUUAUGGAACAGACGUUACAGGUUAAGAGACAGUGAUGAAAUUAAAGAAAUAACAUUGCCUCAAGUUCGGUUUUUAUCUUUAGAAAAUGAGGAAAACACAACAACUCAAGAACCAACCAUUGGAAUUCAUCUACUGUCUCUUUCUGAAUGGAGAGUGUGGCAGGAUCAUCCUUUUCCUACGUAUCAAGUUGACCAUUCAGAUCGAUGCCACCAUUUUAUAAGCAUUAUGCAAAUGAUAGAAGGAAUGAGACAUGAAGAGGGAGAAUGCAGCUAUGAAUUGGAAAUUAAAUCUUACUUACAAAUGGAAGAUGUUAGCUCAAUAUUUAGUGCUCCCAGGAAUGAAUAUAAUCCUCUUGCCAAUGGCACCUUUACUAGUAACAAGAAAUCUUCAUUUUCAAGGAAUAUAAAUCAAGGCAGUUCAUUCUCAAUGACAAAAUCUGAUGAAGAAUGUGCUGAAAUUUUUAAACAAACUCAUAUCAAACCUGUUAAAAUUGCUUCUCUAAAAAAAAAAGCCUCUAAAGAAUUUAAAAAAGAUCAGCCUUAUAUAAAAGGAAAUAAUGAUGUUGUUAUGGAUUCUUUAGAUACUGAUGGAAGUACUACUAUUGAAAAUAUUUUUCAGGUAGACCUACUAAAUGAUAAAAGGGCAUCAGAUACAGAUGAAGUUGCGGCUGCCAUAUGUGCUAUUCAUGAAAAUGUUAAUCAGCCGCGUGGAUUAAUGGAAUGUCAAAUUACAAAUAAAUCUAGUUCGUUUCUUGGAAAUUUUUUAGAUUCUGGUUAUAACAGUUUCACUGAUGAGAAAUAUGUUUCAUCUAGCUUAUUUCUUCCAUUUGAGGAAGAGCUUUGUGUAGCUAAAAGAGAUGACCAAUUUUAUAAUUGUCUUUCACUAACAAAAGAGAUACUAGCUAAUGUAGAGAGAUUUUUAUCUCAUUCUCCUCCACCUCUCAGUGGACUCUCAAAUUUGGAAUAUGAAAUUGCUAAAAGUUGUGAACUUGAUCAUUUGCCCUUCCUACCUUACACCGAGUAUUUACAAAAUGAUAAAUCUACUUGUUUGAUGUCAUAUUUACCUGUAAAUUCUCAACAGGAUUUAGAAUUGAAUUCACUUAAAUUUAAUAAUCAUCCUUCUGAAAAAAGUUGCUUUUAUAGUGCAACUAAUGAUAAGAUUUCUGAUGAGCCAAGUUCCUAUGACUAUGUUGAUAAAGUACAUAAAGAUAAUAAAAAUGAAAAUAUAGUAUCCAGCAACCAUAUUCAAAUAAACAUAGGCCCUCCAAAGUAUUUAGUUGAAGAAAAAAUUUGUGAUAUGGAUAACAAUGGCCCGCCAAUAUUGCUCACUGAUCAGGAUGAAAGUUUACCACUCUUCAAAGAUGGUAAUACAAAGUUUAAUGACAUGAGCCUUUCUCCCUCAAACAAUAAAUAUAAAUCUUCAUGUGUGUCAGACAAAACUGCUUUAAGUGAAAUGGCACUGGUCUCUCACUUCUUAAUUUCUGAUGAACUAUUGUUAGAUGAUAAUUCUGAACCCCAAGAUCAAAUUAUCUGUGAUACUAAUAGUUGGAAAUCUCAUGAAGAUUUAAAAGGUGUACAUAAGGAAAAACUGAAGCAUGAUGAAUAUGUUUUUGACUGCUCUAAGGACUUAUUUUCUGUUACUUUUGAUUUAGGAUUUUGUAGUCCAGAUUCUGAUGAUGAAGUAUUAGGACAUGCAUCAGAUAGAAAUAAGAAUAAAUUUUUAGAUGAUCUCUCUGGAAGGUGUUUAGAUAUUAAGGAGACCAAUGAUGCAAAUUAUGUUUCAAAUCAAGCAGUAAUACCACUAGAUCAUGUUGCUAGUUCUACGAGUAGAAGUUUUACUAUCCCAUCAAGUGAAGAUAAGUGGAGUCCAAGUUUUGCACAUUUUCCACAGAGUGCAGCAAAAAAUAAAGAAUUUCUGUCUCCUGGUUAUUCUCAGUUUUCUUUGCCAGUAGGAGAAAAAGUUAUGAGUACACCACUUUCUGAAUCAAACACAUUGAACUCAUUUUCUAAGAGGAAAGAAAUGCCUAGGACACCAGAUUCUCAUAAGGGAAAAUUACAUCUACAGAGUUUCAAAGAAACCUUGAAUUCAACUUUUGGUGAUUCAGGACUUUCUGUAGAAAAGACUAAAAGCAGGUCAAAAAUCAGUCUUCGUCAAUCCUGUCAUCCUGUGGAAGAUGAACAGUUAACAAGCAAUGAAAGUGAAGAUGAUGAGAUUUUCCGAAGAAAAAGUAAAAAAACAAAAGGAAAUGUUUUAGAAUCCCCUGAGGAUCAGAAAAACAGUGAAGUUGAUUCCCCACUUCAUGCUGUAAAAAAACGCAGGGUUCCUCCAAACAGAUUAGAAUUAUCAUCUAGUGAUGAAAGUGAGAAUUUUCACAAACGACAUCCACAAUUAGAAGACUUCAGGGAUCAGAACAGGACUACAAAAAGGGGCAUGAAAGUCCGAAAGAGUCACCUUAAGCUUGCAGCUAGGAGGUUUUUAGAUGACGAAGCAGAACUCUCCCAACAAGAGGCAGAGCAUGUUUCAUCAGAUGAAAAUGAUGAGUCAGAAAAUGAACAAGAUUCCUCAUUACUUGACUUCUUAAAUGAUGAAACUCAACUUUCACAGGCUAUAAAUGAUUCUGAAAUGAGAGCUAUUUACAUGAAAUCUUUGCGCAGUCCAUUGAUGAGCAAUCAGUAUGAAAUGGUCCGUAAGAAACAUAACAACAUAAAUAUUUUCUCACAGAUUCCUGAGCAAGAUGAAACCUACUUAGAAGACAGUUUUUGUAUUGAUGAAGAUGAGUCUUACAAAAGCCAAUCAAGUGAAGAAGUGUGUGUUGAUUUUAACAUAAUAACUGAAGAUUGCUUUGCAAGUGGGAGUAAAAAAUAUAAAACCCGACAUGCAGUAAAGCUAAAACAAAUGGAGAUGAGACAAAAUUGUGCCCGUUCAAAAAAGAAAUUAUCCAGAAUUAUUUUACCAGAUGAUUCAAGUGAGGAGGAAAACACUGUAAAUGAUAAAAAAGAAUCUAGUAUUAUGGUUAACCCAAGUACUGUUAAUAAGAGCAAACAGCAGGACCAUUGUUUGAAUAUAGUGCGUUUUGGGUCUUCAUUGCAGUACAAGGACCAUUCUGCUCCAGUUGUUAAUCAGUCACCGAAGCAGAGACAACAGACACCACUUCAUUUAAAGGAUGCAGUUUCUUAUGUCUCAGACUUCAAACCUCAGAGCUGUAAUAAAAUUGAAGCUACCUCACCGUCAUUUCCUACUGUUGAUUCACAGAAAAACUGUAGAAAAUUUCCAAUUCAUUUGAAGGUUGGGAGUACACUGGAGGAUUCAAGAACUUCAGUGGCCAACUGUUCCAAUUCAGAACCACAUUUGGCUAGCGCACAUGCUUCUCUUAGACUUCCACAGGAAGGCCAAAGAAGUUGUAUUCUUGUAGAUAGUUGUGAAAUCACUUCUGGAUCCGAAGUAAUUUCUUCCCUCAGAGCAAUUCAUGGCUUACAAGUAGAGGUUUGUCCUCUUAAUGGUUGUGAUUACAUUGUGAGUAACCGCAUGGUGGUGGAAAGGAGGUCUCAAUCUGAGAUGUUAAAUAGUAUCAAUAAGAACAAACUCAUUGACCAGAUCCAGUACCUACAGACCAUGUUUGAAAGAAUAUGUGUGAUUGUGGAGAAGGACAGAGAAAAAACAGGAGACACAUCCAGGAUGUUUAGGAGAACAAAGAGCUAUGACAACUUGCUGACUACCUUAAUUGGCGCUGGAAUCCGAAUUCUUUUCAGUUCCUGCCAAGAAGAAACUGCAGAUUUGCUAAAGGAACUGUCUUUAGUAGAGCAAAGAAAGAAUGUUGGUAUUCAUGUUCCAACAGUGGUGAACAGAAGUAAAUGUGAGGCACUUCAGUUUUAUCUAAGUAUUCCCAAUAUAAGUUAUAUAACUGCAUUAAAUAUGUGUCACCGGUUUUCUUCUGUGAAAAAGAUGACUAACAGCUCACCUCAAGAAAUCUCCAUAUAUGCACAAGUAACUCAUCAGAAGGCUGAGGAAAUAUAUAGAUAUAUUCAUUAUGUUUUUGACAUGCAAAUGUUACCAGAUGGUCUUAACCAAGGUAGACUACAGUCUGAUGCAUGAUUAUACUGCUCA